AUGCCAAUGGUAUGUACGACAUGGACGUGCUAAUUAAAAACAAUUAAAAACAAUUAUUUGUUAAAAAUGCUGUUUUUAAUUUUGAAUUUAAAAUAUAUGUUAUAUAUGUAUAUAUAAUUUAUAAUCGUGUGUGUGUAUUAUUUCAAUUGCUGAGUUAGAUCAUCUAAAAUAGUAUAUAAGUAAAAUAAUUUUUGCAGUAGAAAUCUUCAUACAAUUAAUUUAAGAGGUGUAUAUUAUUACGAGCACAGCAGUUCUUCAAACGAACUUCUUUCUGAAAAUUAAAACAAAUUAAAAAUCUUUGAUUAGGAGAUUUGAAAUCCUUUAAAAACGUUAGAAAUUAGAAAAAACGGUAUGGAUUGUCUCAGGUUUAAUCAAAGAUCAAACAAUCAGAAAAAGACAGAAACAAAUCAGGAAAAGAUAUAUAAACGCGACGAAACAUAUAUAAUAUUUUUAUGUCAAGAAGUUACCGAAUGGAAAAUCUUAUUUUGUUCUAAUAAAGUUCUAUGAAAUUGUAAAGUAGUUAAUAAUUAGUAGUCUUUAUUUCGCGUAUGGAUCUUAACUUCAGGAUCUUAGUUGAGUUCAACAACGCCAUGUUGAAAAACAUAAACUAUUUCAUUAAAAUUUCCCUCAACACUCGACCUACAAAAAUAUAAUUUGCACUACGUAUAUUCCUCCGUACCAAUUUGUAAAAACAUUUUUUUGAUCGAUUUUGUGAAAUAUAUAAAGAUAUACUCGUAUAUGUUUGUUUUUUUCAUUAAAUCUUCAUGAAAUCAUGAUUUAUAUUAAAUAAAUAACAGUUUUGUUAUUAUUAUAAUAUUGCUAGGUUGUUUAUUGAAGAUAGUAGUUUAUUGAAAAAUUUCGAACAAUAUUUUAGUUAGCGUAAUUCUUAACUAAUGAAUAAAAUAGAAUUUAUUUGUCAUAUCCAAUGCAUAAUACUAUAAUUAAUAAAAUAAUUAAUAAAAUUAUUAAGAAUAUAACAUAAAUUUGAAUAUGUAAUAUAAUUAAAUGUGGAAAUGUGGAAAUUUUAAUAUUUUAAUAUUAAUAAUAAUUUAAAAUACUUGAAAAUUUAAUUAGUUAAAAAUUGUUUUAAGGAUUUUAUUUAAGUUUAAAGAUUUGAAGGAUUUUAUUAAGUUUUUAUUUUAUAAAAUAUAAAUCAGUUAUAUCAAAAACCAUAAUAAUUUUGAAAUUUUAAUUUACUAUAUACAAAAAAAACUAUCAUAAAUCCGUAAAAUAAGGAUAAUGUUCUUUGUGAUAUACAGAAUAAUUAUGAAUUACUGACAAAUUUCGAUACAGUGCUUAGGAUUUCAAACUACUAGAAGAGAUUAUCAUUGACGAUGUAAUAAAUAGUAAACAUCUUUAUUUACAUUUAUUAUAAGGCUCUCGAUUGUCACAUCUCGGUCAAGAAAUCUGAUCCUGAUAGAGGUAAAUUUAUAUAUAAAACUUAAAUUAAUUUCAAAGUCAUAUUGUUUAUAUAUUUUGUAUUUUUUCACUAACUACGCGAUACAAUCUUUUCAUAUAGAAGUGUUCAAAAAUUACUGGCCAACAAUAUAUUGGUAAGUAAAAAUGUAUAUGUUAAGUUAUAGUAAGCUUAUAGUAACAUGAAAGGACGAUGAAAAUAUUAACUAUGCAGUUAGGAUAUCUUAAUUGAACAGUUUUCAAAAAUAGAUUAACCUCAUAUGAGAGAGUUGCAAACUAAUUUGCAUAAGAUAUAUUGUGGGAAUAUACAUAAAUAAGAUUCAAUUGAUUAUAGAAAAAAACAAAGUUUUUCACCUAAGGAUGUUUUCAGUAGUAUUUAUCCAUAAUUUAUGUAUAAAUAUUUAUGUAUGUCUACUAUAUAUCUACUAUAUUAUUAUAAAUAUAAUUAGUACAUAAUUAAAUUGAUUCUUUUAUACAAUUCUUUUUAUUUUAAAUCCUAGAUGUUUUAGGCAAUGUAAAAAACAAAAAUUUAAAUUGCUUUUCAUCAAAAACUGGUACUUCUAUGUUUCAUCUUUAUAUAAAUUAUAAAUCAUAGGUAUAAAUUAUAAAUCAGGUAUAAAUUAUAAAUCAAUUGAAAUAAAGUAUAUCAACUGAAUAUUCGCAAUAUACGUAUGAUUAUAUAUUUCUCUGUUUCAUAUUGUAAUUUUUACUCAAAAUCAAAUUAUGUUUACAUUUUAUACGAUAUAUCAUUUAAUUUAAAAUAUGAAAUAAAAAACUUCUUCAGAUUUUUCUCACAAGAAAAUGAUUUUUUGAAUGAUUUUAACUUUAAAACAAAUAAUCUUUUAGUUCAUUAAUUCAAUGAAUAUAACCUAACUAAUUACUAAAAUAAUGUUUCUUUUUAUAUAAUUUACUGCUUAAAAUUAUCGUUCCAAUUGACUAUUUAAUAAAAACAAAAUAAAACACACUGUCGAAUUAACUUUCGAAUUAAAACAAUGGUAUUUAUAUAUCAUGUUUGACGAUUGUAUUGAAUAUAAUGUAAUAUGUCACUACAGUAGAGGGCGUAAGAAAACUGUUUUUUUUUGUGUUGGUACUUCACAUGUGAAUCGUAAAUGAAGUUCUAUCAUUGAUUAAGAAUAAUCCAUGUUGCCUGUGUUCCGUAUUAUGUCAUGUUUAUUCAAUAUUGAAUUUUGAAUACAUGAAUAAUAUAUCUAUUCAUAUACGAAUAAUGAUUCAAAAUCGAAAGUGCAAAGAGAGCGUUACUUUCGCAUUCCGUUUUCCUAUAUAUUUCAUCAACUUUGCUGAUAAGAAGAUUUUUAACAAGUGAGGUAGCCAUUUUUAGUCAAAUCUUAUAGAAUCAUUACUUUUAUUGUACUGUUUCGUGACAUUUUGACUUUUUACAGUAUAUUUGAUUUGUGAUUCAAGAAUAAUGUAUGUAUAAAUUAGAAAAUCUCAAUGAAAAUGAAAUCAUACUUCUAAUUUAAAGUUUGACCGUCAUUUUAUUUAAACAAAAUAAAAUUCAAAUUUUUAGAUUCUUGUAAACAAAAUAAAUUUUAAGGAAAAGUGAAAAUGCAGUUAUAGUUUCCAGUAUAUAUUCUUUUAGUGAUUUACAAAUAAAUAAUUCAAAUUAUGAACUUUAUCUUUAUGUAGUAGGAACUCAUAGUGAUAAUGGGUAAUGCUGGAAGCAAUCAACCAGUUAGUCAUCAUCACAGUAGCAACACAAAUAGAGAACAUCGUCAUGUUAAAGAAUAUCCUCCACCAUCACCAGGGAAGGAAGGUCACGCUUUUGUUUUUGAUAAAAAGCCAAGCCAAAAAUUAGUUUUUCAAUCGUCUCACGAAGAUGAAGAAUCUUAUUUUGCCAAAACUAACACUCAACAAGAUGGAGAAGAAUUUAGUUCUCAACGUCCACGCUCUAAUACAGUGUCAGAAGGAACCAAGGUAACAGACAGCAAAGUGCUACCAACAGUUUUUAAAUGGGAGGGAGGUGGUAAACAGGUUUAUAUUAGUGGAACUUUUACUGGAUGGAAAACUUUACCAAUGGUUAAAAGUCAUGGUGAUUUUGUAACAAUUAUUGAUUUGCCAGAGGGUGAACAUCAAUAUAAGUUUUUCGUUGAUGGUGAAUGGAGACAUGAUCCAGAUAUAAAAAUUGUUGAUAAUGGUAUGGGUUCCAAAAAUAAUUUGGUAUCUGUUAGAAAAUCUGAUUUUGAGGUCUUCCAAGCUCUUGCAAAAGACAGUGAAAGUGUUACUAGUAAUGCUCAAACAGAAUAUGGACAGGAAAUUCCUCCUCAUAAACCCUGGGAGAAAGUGGCUGGACCACCAAUAUUGCCACCUCAUUUGCUUCAAGUUAUUCUCAAUAAAGAUACUCCUUUAUCUUGUGAACCAACACUUUUACCAGAACCAAAUCACGUUAUGUUAAAUCAUUUAUAUGCUUUAAGUAUUAAGGAUAGCGUAAUGGUUCUAUCGGCGACACAUCGUUAUCGCAAAAAAUAUGUUACGACUUUAUUGUACAAACCAAUUUAA